AUUUGUACGACAAAGCCAGCACUUUCGAGCAAAUGUCUCUCGGAAAAUUAUCGAUAUCUGAAAGAGUUAACACGUAUUUUAAAUAUAUUUUAUCUGCGUUUAUGUGCCCUUGUUCCGGAUGGAAGAAAAGACCAGACAAACAAACACUUGGUCCGGGUACAAAGUCUCCCAACCGCGAGCUAACUACGUGUCAACCACAUUAUUUUGCAUUUAAAAAGCAAAGAAACGCUUUAGAGCUAUAGAAAAAAGCUAUGCUGAUAUUUUUUGGCAGCCCCGGCGACAGUUUAGGUAUGUUCGAGGAGAUUCUCAACUUCAACCCAGAGACCUGUCGUCGUAAUGCUGGGGAAGAUAAACAAAGAAGUCAACACGAAAGUGCGACCUUUCAGAACCUGGUGUGAACUGAGCAUGAAUGCCCCAGCAUGGAAAACUUGGCAAUAUGCAUGGGCGUGACUUCUUUGAAUGACAGCGUGAAUUACACCAUGUGGGAUUUCCCAAGAAGACAUUUGCACCUCCUCCUUCAUGAUACUUGAUGCCUGCUUUUACUCCCAAUGAUACUUCCAGACACGCAGAACACACCAGAAGAGGAAGACAGCGUACGUUGAAAUCUAAUAGGACACGAGAAGGCGGCCACAUGAGAGAAAUCAUGGCUGAAACAUUGCUUUCCACUGCACAAAGUGUUGCAGCAGUCACACCUCUGCCGUCUACAGUCGUAAAUGACUCCAACUUCCUGGACUCGCCUUUCCGUUAUCACCUUUUCCCGACGGCCUAUGGCAUCAUCUUCAUUGUGGGGCUCUUUGCCAACAUCUACGUGCUGUUUGUGCUACGUUGCCUACGCGAAGCCAACGCCAUGGGGGAAAUCCGCAUCUACAUGACUAACUUGACUAUUGCAGAUCUUCUCUUUGUGUGCGCUCUUCCCUUCUGGAUUGGCUAUUAUAGCCGCCAAGGCACAUGGGUCUACAAAGACUUCCUGUGUCGCCUGACCGGUUCGUUUUUCUUCAUCAACACCUACUGCUCCAUCCUUUUCCUCGCCGCCAUUAGUGCCAACCGAUACUGGGCGGUCACUAAGCCUCUGGACGCUGCCUCCUCAGACCACAGGUGCCGUGGAAUCGCAGUUUCUGCUGUAAUCUGGUUCUUCACAGUUUCCUUAUCUAUUCCGUUUCUCAUCAAACCGGGCACUAACCAGGAUGGGAACAUCACUCGCUGUUUUGAGGCCUACCAGGAUGGGCCAGACUCAUCCAAAAGAAUCGUGGCUCUCACGCAUUUUUUAAUUAUCGGAAUGUUUUUUGUUGUGUUUGCGCUGGUGGUGGUGUUUAACCUCCUCAUCGCACGAUCCCUGUUCUCACAAAGCAUCCCCCUGUCGGAAUUUAAGUCCGGAACAGUUUUAUCUAGAAAGUCCAACAUGACAAUCUCUUCAUCAAGGAAGCCUACAGGAGUGAAACGGAGGGCUGUGCAGAUGCUUAUGGCGGUGGUCGGCGUCUUCGUCUUGUGCUUCCUGCCUCAUCAUUUGGUGCAAGGCUUUUGGACAUUGGCAACACUGCAGAUUCAAGAGGGAUGGGGUCACGUGGACUGGAGUGGCGAGACAGUGCAGGCUCUCAACGACAUGCACCAGGUCACCUUGUUUCUCAUGGGACUCAACUGCAUUCUGGAUCCAGUGGUGUACUGUUUUGCCACCAGGAAGUUUAGACGAUUCAUAGUAGCUCAUCUGAAGAGGAUGACAAAGGGCGAGGGCUGCUCCUACACCGUCACCUCACAGAUCUCUUUGGACAGUCGGCAGCAUAGCCAGAAACUCCCUGAUGAGCUCCCCCAGCCGACACUGUAGUGACGCCAACACAGCCACUGGAUGGAGUGGCCAAACAAACUUCGGGGUUGGAUUUCAUUUUAUUUUUAAUCUCCACCAUACAGCAUUUUUUUAAAAGAUAUCUUAUCCUGUGUUGCAGCCUAACCCAGCAGGCUUUGGGUCACAGGCAGACUACAACUUGGCAUAGCGUGUACAGAAGGACAAACUUUCUCAAUACCAUUCUAAGGGUCACGUUGUGGAAACCUUAUCAAGGCUUCCUGUAACUAACUCAGAUGAUUGUAUAUUACUACACCAUCAGUGACAAUAUAUCAAUGGUUCUCAAAGUGUGGUCGAGUACCACCAGUAGUACACAGACUCCCUAUAGUGGGAUGCAAAAGACUGAAUGAAUUAAAUGUUUUUUUUACCCUACUAUACUGCAUUUAUCAAGUACUGUUGUGUUUAACUUAAAUUACAAAAGAUUGUAAAUGUUUCUUUUCAAAUAUUUGUGCUGUCAUGCUGUAGUCCAGGGGUCGGCAACCCAAAACGCUGAAAGAGCCAUAUUGGAGCAAAAUAAUAAAAUAAAAAUAAAACAAGUACAGUGGGGAGAACAAGUAUUUGAUAC